AGAACCAUCCUUGAUAUUGUUAAAGAGGUGUACGCCAAUUCAUCUGAACCACUUGAACCCCCCUGGAGCUCAAUUUAUCCCAAAAGUGAUCCAGAGUUGAAUGUCCAGAACACCCUGAUCUGUCAUGUGACUGGAUUCUUCCCUCCACCUGUCAGAGUCUUGUGGACCAAGAACAAUGUGAAUGUGACAGAUGAAUCAACUCUCAGCAGAUAUUACCCCAACAAAGAUGGGACACUGAAUGCAUUUUCUCGACUGAGCUUCAUUCCAGAUGAAGGAGACAUUUACAGCUGUUCUGUGGAGCACAAAGCUCUUCAGCAACCUCAAACCAGAACAUGGGAUGUAGAGAUAAAGGAGCCCAAUAUUGGUCCAUCAGUGUUCUGUGGAGUUGGUCUGGCUCUUGGGCUACUGGGUUUGGCCACUGGAGUCUUUUUUAUUGCCAAAGGAAAUUGAUACAAUAACACUGACAACUGUAGAUGUUCUUUUUUUUUUAGUUCUCAUGUAUAUAAGUUACUUGCAUAUAAGUUACUUGUUAAUUUUGUUCAUUUAUGUUUUCAAGACUAUAUAUGUAAUAUGUAAUACACAGCAGGUGAUAUGUUACACCUGAAAUAAUGUAAAGUCUUCAUAAAAGCCGCUUCAUUCAGGGGCGGAU